AUGGAACUCGCUGUUGCACCGCCGUCACGAGUCGCAGCAGGUGUCACACUUAGGACUCCUCUCGUGGUCACAUUCUCGGGACGACCACCAAGGGCCGACGAUAAGCGUGAAGAUGGAGAAGCCUUCACACUGCCCGAUCUCAGCGGGAUAUGGGUCUUCCUAUCUCUUACAACUCCGGACAUGCAAGAAAGUCUAGCUCCUCCUCGGGAAGAUCUCCUGUGUGGAAGCAGAGCGGAUUCUGUCCAUGCUAUCUGCGAGGAACAGGAGGUCGAGCGGCCGACGGUCGCGUAUGCAACGUUUCCAGGGCUCAAGAUCACCCAACCUGGCAGUUACCGCAUCAAAGUCAACAUCAUCGAUAUGAAUGCGGCAUUCAGGGCCGACAGUAGCUUCGAAGGGGCAGCCACGGUUCUGCCGUGCCUUCAUUCUCCGGUCUUCGAAGUGGUCGAAGCCAGUGACCAUAGUGGCUCCGGACCACAACUCGCGGAGACGGUCAGCCGGUUGAGGUCAAUUGGUGUCAACUUUGGAGGCGAAGAGGAUCACUGA